CAUAUUAUAUGCAUCCAUUUCACACUUCCCCACAAAACAGUUUCAUUCAGGCACUGGCAAUAGAUCGUCUCAAGGCUUUUUGAUUGAGACCCUAAAAUUUUGGCAGAUUUAUCACUUGCCAACCCAAGAACUCAAUACAGAUCUCAUACGAAACUACAUCAAUUUCUCUCUACGAAUCCUCUAAACCUAUAAUCAUAUAUUGUCCCCUCGCGAUCAUAGACAUGUGUGCACCAAAACCCACUUCAAGAUUCAUCUUUUCCACUCUGAUUCUUCUCCUAUUACUCGGUUCUUUCAUCACUAUCACAUCCUCUGAAUCCUCCAAAGCAAACGAUGAUGUGGAUGAUAUGGAGGGCAUUGAAGAACUCAUGGCAUUAGAUGAAGAAGAUGAAUUACAGGAACAACCACCACCAGAAGGGGUUCACCAUGAUAAACCAUCUGAGGCUGAGGUUUUAAGCAAAGCUCAAAGAAUUGUCCUGGAGCUUAACACUGAUAGUACCAAGAGGGUCAUUGAUGAAAAUGAGUAUGUUCUUGUUCUGGGUUAUGCUCCAUGGUGUGCUAGAAGUGCUGAGCUUAUGCCUCGGUUUGCAGAGGCCGCAAAUUCACUGAAAGAUUUGGGGAGUUCCCUUUUGAUGGCGAAGCUUGAUGCUGAGCGGUAUCCGAAGGCGGCGACGGUUCUUGGGAUCAAAGGAUUUCCCACUCUUCUUCUAUUUGUUAAUGGCACUUCUCAACCUUACAGUGGUGGAUUUUCCUCGGAGGAAAUUGUGAUCUGGACGAGGAAGAAAACAGGUGUGCCUGUUGUUAGAAUUAGUACAGUAGCUGAGGCAAUUGAGUUUAUCAAGCAGCAUUUGAUGUUUGCUGUCGGGCUGUUUCAAAAGUUUGAGGGACCUGAUUAUGAUGAAUUUGUAGAAGCAGCCACUUCUGACAAUGAAAUUCAAUUUGUUGAAACAAGUAGUACCGAGGUUGCCAAUGUUCUAUUUCCCGAUAUUAAACCUACUGAUCGUUUUGUUGGUCUUGUUAAAAGUGAACCAGAGAAAUACACUACAUUUGAAGACACCUUCAAAAAGGAAAAGAUCUUGCAGUUUUUGGACCAUAACAAAUUCCCAUUAGUCACUGUACUGACUGAACUGAAUUCGGCCAGAGUUUACUCCAGCCCAAACAAACUCCAGGUCUACGUCUUUGCAGAGGCUGAUGACUUCAAGGAACUUCUCGAGCACUUUCAAGAUGUUGCUAGGAAGUUUAGAACAGAGAUAAUGUUUGUAUUUGUAGACAUUAGAGAAGACAACCUGGCAAAGCCCUUCCUGACCUUAUUUGGACUAGAAGAAUCAGACAAGACUCUUGUGACUGCGUUUAAUUACAAAAGGGGCUCAAAGUAUCUGCUACAGUCUGAUCUGACUCCAAAAAAUAUAGAAGAGUUUUGUUUGGGGCUUGUCCAAAGUACUUUUUCACCAUACUACAAAUCACAGCCAAUACCAGAGAAUAAAGAUGCAAGCAUUCAGAUCAUUGUUGGCAAGACAUUUGAUGACUUAGUUCUAAGGAGUCCCAAGAACAUUCUUCUGGAGGUACACACACCAUGGUGCAUGACCUGUGAAACUACAAGCAAACAGAUUGAGAAGUUGGCAAAGCAUUUCAAAGGGUUGGAAAGCCUGGUAUUUGCAAGGAUAGAUGCUUCGGCAAAUGAACAUCCAGAACUACAGGUAGAUGACUAUCCGACACUGUUGUUUUAUCCGGCAGGAAACAAGUCCAAACCUAUCAAGUUUUCUACAAAAUCUAGUUUGAAAGACUUGGCAGUGCUCAUCAACAACCAUAUAAAAGGAAGCCAGGAUCAUACAACCAAAGAUGAGCUGUAGAAAACAUAGUGAUAGAAGGUAAUGCAUAUGAAGACUAUCAACUGCAAAAACUUGCUGCUGAUAUAAAAUUUGGCAGUGAUAGUAUUUAAUGUAUACUUAUUAGAUUAUAGACUUCCUAGUUCUUUGCAUUGGCUAAGUUAUUCAGAAGUCAUGCAAAGAGCAAUUUUUUCACGUCCAAUUACAGUAUAACAGUGUCCCCUCCCCCAGGUGUGUAACACAAUGCGUGUGUGGAGAUGAUGUUAUUAACCUGUAUGAGAACAGAUAAGGGAAAGCAGCCUAAGUUAGCCUGACUUAUUUUGAGGAUAUAGCAGAAUUUAUUGAUCAUCACCAAAAAGUGAAAGCAAUGUCUAUGUUUUAGUUGAAAUGUAUGUGCAU